AUGGUGUCCAAGUCGCCGCUCGUCAUCUACAUCAGCAACUUCCUCACGGCCGACGAGCGCGCCCACCUGCAGCGCGUCACCAAGGACUCGUUCUCGCGGUCGGGCGUGGCGGACCGCGGCGGCGUCGGCGGCAAGGCGGUGCACCAGGUACGGACGUCGCAGUCGACGAACGUGGGGCGCGACGGGGUGGUGCGGUGCAUCGAGGAGCGGGCGCUCGCGUUCCAGGGCUACUCGGUGCCACGGACGCACCUGGAGCCGGUGCAGCUGGUCAAGUACGGGCCGACGGAGCGGUACCACUUCCACACGGACUGGUUCACCGACGGCACGGCCACGCACGCGGCAGCAGCAGCGGGCGGCAACCGGGCCAGCUCCUUCUUCGCGUACGUGCACGUGGCCAACGACACGACGGGCGGCGGCACCAACUUCCCGCGGCUCGACGCGCCGGGCGACGCGCGCUGGUGCGACGCCGGGCUGGUCGACUGCGACGAGCCGUGGGAGAACGGCGUCACGUUCCGCCCCGUCGAGGGCAACGCCAUCUUCUGGGAGAACCUGUUGCCCGACGGCUCCGGCGACGAGCGCACCCUGCACGCCGGCCUGCCCGUGUCGGGCGGCGGCAAGAUCGGCAUGAACAUCUGGACCCGCCAGCUGCCCCUCGGCGACGACAUCCGCGGCCCCGACCUGUGA